AUGACGCGCUCGUGAGUUGGCGAGAGCUUCCCACGACUGGCGAGUCUAUCAGUUGACUAUGGUGUGGCUCCGUGUUACCAAGGAACACAGAAAGUGUCAAGUGACAUGGUGUUAGACUGUUCUUUUAAUAUUAAGUGGAGCCUGUUCGAGUUGUCGUGUUGUGAGGGGAUCUAUACAUUGCAAAGGGGAAUCUGACUUAAAGACCGUUACUGACAUUGUGGUCGUGAAAAUCUUCAUCAUUCGACAUCCCUGAAGCUGUGAUUAAUGACGGAGCUGAAAAUCCUGGAAAAGUAUUCCUUGGGAUAAUCUGCUAUCGAGUAAAUACAUGCACAGACAAGCACGAUAGUGUGGGAAGGAAAUAGAUCACCGCCGAGCUCUCGUACAGGUCCAUUUGUCAGUAGGAGACUCAAGUUAGUGCUAGACGGUUUCACUGAGUAAAGCCAUGUCUCCCCGGGGGUAUAGAUCAACUCUCUCAGUGCCUUUGGUCACAAUGAACAACUUUAUAACACCGAUAGUGCCUUCUUCGUCGCUUCGUGGAUUCACGGGGAUGCCUACAAAGCACGUGCAUGGUGUGCAACACGUGUUUCUCCUCAUAACGACAUGUUUGCUAAUGCUGACCGUCCCAACUUCAGGUUUUUGUGAUGAGAGAUGCGAGAAGGCUAAUCCAAACCUUCAUAGAAUUAAAGGAAUUUGGUCCAACUCAUUCAGGGGACAAACAUUAAACUUUAACGAAUUUAUCCAGUACUUGAUAUCUGCAUCUGGGAACAAUCGGCGGUUAUCCCCUCUUAGAGACAAUCUGGUUCGAAUGAUUCGAGAGUACCGGGACUGUGUGAUGGCGUGUGAACACGCCUUCAGCAAACGAAGUAACACACACAGCAACUUAAAAAGCCGAAAAUCGCAACUCUGCAACGUUCUUUUCCGUGCACAAAAACAGGCUCAAACUGUCAUCCCUAAACAGAUCUACAAGCACUGUUUCUCCAAAGUGCCCUAGAUCAACCGUCACCAGGAAUUAAACAUGGCUCAGAAACCAACCAACAGAGCAAGCCCCACAAUGCCGAGGACCAUGGCCAACAUUUAUAUGCAAUGCAAAUACCUAUCAAGCUGAUACCUCGAGAAAAAUAACAAGAUCAUACGUGUCCAAGCGGGUGUUGUUCGGAACAUCAUUCCACAAAGCGGCCUUAGUGUUGUGACCGUCUUAAGUCUUUGCUACAGCAUGGGACUCGCUGCACUAAGUCCAGUUUGUGGAAAGAAGACCGGGGCAUGCGUCUUUUGUAAAUGUUUUGGAUUCUCCCUCUUUGAGACUUCGAUGACAAAUCAAUUCAAAAAGAACUAUCACGCGACUUUGAAUGGUUCUCUGUCGCUAUGCCAUGGCUUAUGGAUCUAAAGGAAUCAAGAUAAACUUAAUUGCUUAAAUCGACUUUGAAUUGUUAAAGGUUCAGGAAUGACUUGUAAUGAAAUAAAAUCUACCAUUGUUACGUUUAACACUCUGAUUUUUAGGCAUGUAAUCAUCUCCUGGAAGUCAAUGAUUUCCCACACGUAUAAAUUACCUCUUCUUUAAAAUUGCAAAAGAUGUUGCAUAAUUCUUUGAAACUGAAAAUCAUUCUCUUAAUGAUAUUAGGCUUUUCAGACAGAUAGGAAAAUAUUUUAUAGUUUGCACUAUACUCAAGAAAUGUUGUUGCCAAACCAGGGACUCAAUGAGAACCUGUUUCACAUCGCGUUCAUAAGCAUAAACAUCAAAAUCUAAGACCCCAACGUUCCUUGAUUUAUGUAAAUGAACAGGAACUACUCUCUCGUUGUUUUCCGAUUUGGCAAUAUCAUGCAUUUUCUCAUGUCAUUUUUACAGUUAAGGUAUAAACAUUGGUUGCAUGUUGUUUACAUAGUACUGCUGUCAGCUAUUUAGAUAAAGAGGCAUCAAUAUAUUAGAUUCAAGUAUGGCUUUAUGGUUAGAACCAGCCGUUAAAAGCCAUCUGGUAUUUACACAACAACCAUUCAGUCCUCUCUCGAUGGUAUUCAAUGAGAUCAUUAUUAACGUGAUAUUAAUACCUCAAUCAAAAUUGAAUGCUUUGACCUUAUGAAUAAAAAAAUGAUUAUUACAGGAAAUUACCUUUGGACCUUCGGAAUACUAAAAGUAUGCCAUAUUGGGCCAGUAUCAGGCCGUUUGUUAUCAAUAUAUCUUUAAAUUAUUGUUUUAUUCCCGGUAUUCUUGUAUUGUGAGAGCAAUCCAUACUGAUGAUCAUGAUUAAUAAAUACUGCCUGCUGUGGACAAAAUGAUACAUCUUAACAUGAAAGGAAAAGAAAACUAUUCAUGCAGAUGCAGCACAAAUAUAUCUUUCCUGUUAUCGUUUCACAUGAAUCUAAUAAUUGAGCUUUAAAUGGAGUAGAUAUAUGGACCUUUGCCUCAAUUUCUUAUGUGAUUAUGGCUAUUAUUUAAAAUACACUUUUUUCACUUUUGGAGAAUGAUAAGGACAUGUUAUGAAGGGGAUUUAUCAUCAGGUGUCUUUGCGAUAAACUACACUAUAAAAACCAAAGGCGCGAAAACUGAUUAAGGAUCCGCUCUUCUAUAAAGAUGAAACAUCCCUCUUCUCCUUGUCCUUCAAACUGUCAUGGUUACGCAUAUCUUUGUGUUCGUUGGAAACAAAUAUCUUUAAAAAGAUAUGUGUGUGUAAGUGUAAGGACAGCAUUCAGAUUUGUAUGACAUAUAAGGACAAACUGUACGAGAAGCACUGAUACAAAUGUACUGAAUUUUAAAAUAUUUAAAUAGAUUAAAUAACUUUGUCUGGUCUAAGGAAAAUAUAUAUGUUAUUACAUGAUAAACACCUUUUUCAAACUGAUCGUAUAUUUUUAUCAAACAUGUUAUAUAUGUGCAGAAACAUAUGACAAGCACAUUUAAGAAAUAUCAAGUUUUAACUGUAGACAAAAAUGCAAAAUGAUGAA